AUGCACUGCGGCUCUGCCCUGCUUCGCCACGAGCUGCCAGCUAACCACGCUGCAGGGAGUUGUGGGCGAGGUGUGGGUGAAGCUCCGGUGCUGAAGGUGGAGGAUGUGGAUCGGGACGUGGCGCAGCAAAAACAAGCCGUGAACAUUCCCAGAAUUAUCACCAGCACAGAACCAGAGUGCAGCCACCUGACAGUCCAGCUGUCAAAGCUCAGAGCUGCAGAUGAGGAAGCAGAUAAUCUGAAGACCUGGUCCAGUCAGGGAAACCUGCAGACUGCAGACAGCGAGGUGCGUCCUCUGUCUGCAGCCAGUGUCGGCAGCGUGGCGGUCCAGGAGCGUCUGAGCGAGCUUGUCCAGCUGUUUAAAGGCCGAUUAGAGCUGCGGAGAGACCGACUGGUGGACCCGGACGAGUCUGAGGAAGAAAGUCCUUCAGCCUCCCCGAGCAAGGCUCCACCUCCUCCUCCUCCUCCAGAAGAGAAGAAGGACGACGUGCCUGCAGCAGAAGAAGGAAAGGAAGAGGAGGAAGAGAAGGAACUCAUGCUCCCCUUUGAAAUUUUGGGACGUCCAGUCGUAAUUCCCAGACUGCCCAAACUGCCCAAACUUCCCCCGAUGCCCGACUGGCUCCGAGCCAUCGUGGAGUACCGCUUCCCCUCUAGCAUCGACCCUUUCACCGAUCUGAUCUACGUGAUGUGGCUGUUCUGUGUCGUGGCGGCGUGGAACUGGAACGUGUGGUUGAUCCCAGUCCGCUGGGCGUUCCCCUACCAAACCCCCGAAAACCUCCACCUGUGGCUGCUGAUGGACUACACCUGCGACUUCAUCUACAUCCUCGACAUCCUCGUCUUCCAGCCCCGACUGCAGUUCGUCCGCGGAGGAGACAUAGUGUGUGAUAAAAAGGACAUGAGAGACAACUACAUGACCACCGAAAGAUUUAAGAUGGACAUCAUCAGUCUGUUUCCCAUGGAGAUAUUUUACUUUUUCACCGGAGUGAACUCUCUGCUGAGAUUUCCUCGUCUGCUGAAAUACAUGGCUUUCUUUGAGUUCAACGACAGAAUGGAAGCUGUGAUGAAGAAAGCGUACAUCUACAGGGUGAUCCGAACAUCCUCCUACCUGCUGUACUCUCUGCACAUCAACGCCUGUCUCUUCUACUGGGGCUCAGACUACGAAGGACUGGGAUCCACCAAGUGGGUCUACAAUGGAAAGGGCAACGCUUAUAUCCGCUGUUACUAUUUUGCGGUGAAGACACUGAUCACCAUCGGAGGACUGCCAGACCCCACCACCGUCUUUGAGAUCUGCUUCCAGCUCAUCAACUACUUCGUUGGCGUCUUUGCGUUCUCUAUCAUGAUUGGUCAGAUGAGAGACGUGGUCGGUGCUGCGACCGCCGGUGAGAACUAUUACCGUGCCUGCAUGGACAGCACCAUCAAGUACAUGAACAACUACCACAUCCCCCGGGACGUCCAGAACCGCAUCAAGACUUGGUACGACUACACCUGGAAGAGCCAGGGCAUGCUGGAUGAGCAGGAGCUGCUGGUGCAACUUCCUACCAAGAUGAGGCUGGACAUGGCCGUGGACGUCAACUACAGCAUCAUCAGUAAAGUCGCUUUGUUUCAGGGCUGUGACAGACAGAUGGUGUUCGACAUGCUGACAAGGCUCAAAUCUGUGGUCUACCUGCCCGGAGACUUUGUCUGUAAAAAGGGGGAGAUCGGCAGGGAGAUGUACAUCAUUAAGCAGGGGGAGGUCCAGGUGGUUGGUGGUCCCGACCUGCAGACAGUCUUCGUCACCAUCAGAGCCGGCUCGGUGUUCGGAGAGAUCAGUUUGCUGGCGGGAGGCGGAGGGAACCGACGUACAGCCAACGUGAAGGCGCACGGAUUCGCCAACCUCUUCAUUCUGGAUAAGAAGGACCUGGCAGAGAUCUUGGUGCACUACCCAGAGUCCCAGAAACUCCUCCGCAAGAAGGCCAAGACGAUGUUGACAAAGGACAAGAAGCCGGAUGAGAAGGGUGCGGCUGCAGUGGCGAUGCAGGUCAUCCCGCCCAGACCGGACACCCCCGAGAUGUUCAAGGCGGCGCUGAAGGUGGCGCAGCAGGAAGGAAUAGAGGGCGUCUUCUCCAAACUGAUGAAAAGCUACGAAGCAUCUGAGGUGAGACAGAAGUCCAUGCUGCUCCGCUGA